GGCCCAGCCCGCCAGCGCCCGCGAGCCGCGAGUCGACGACCCAACCGAAAUUCUGCGCGCUUGCCAUCGUCUUCCUCCCUCUUCCUCGCGUCGCAAACCCUAGCUCGCGCGCUCCCCCGCCCGCUGCCUCCGCCUCUCCCUACCUACCGCCCCCCGCCCGCCCGGCCAUGUCGAAGCGGCCCAAGCUCGGGGGAUUCAGCAUCCCUCGCCCCACUUCCUACAGCUUCGAGCGCUCCCAGCCUCCCCAGCGCCUCUACGUCCCCGCCGACGACCCCGACCUCGACGACAUCGCCUUCUCCGACGACGCGGCGGCCCCGUCGGACGCGCCCCCCGCGGGGGGAGGCGGGGCGGCGGGGGAUGAGGAGGAGAUCGACCCGCUCGACGCCUUCAUGGCCGAGAUCCAGGAGGAGAUUCGCGCGCCGCCGCCGGCGCCCAAGCCCGAGGCGCUCCGGCGCGCGGACUCCGACGACGAGGACGACCCCGUGGAGAGCUUCCUCCGGGCCAAGAAGGAUUCCGGGCUCGCGCUCGCCGCCGACGCCAUGCACGCCGGGUACGACUCCGACGAGGAGGUCUACGCUGCGGCCAAGGCCGUGGACGCCGGCAUGAUGGAGUACGACUCCGACGACAACCCCAUAGUGGUGGACAAGAAGAAGAUCGAGCCUAUUCCGCCGCUCGACCAUUCCACCAUCGAGUAUGAACCCUUCAACAAGGAUUUCUACGAGGAGAAGCCCUCGGUUUCAGGGAUGAGUGAGCAAGAGGUGGCUGAUUAUAUGAAAAGUUUGGCAAUUCGAGUUUCAGGUUUUGAUGUGCCAAGACCAAUCAAAAGCUUUGCAGAUUGUGGGUUUCCUGUACAACUAAUGAAUGCCAUUGCCAAGCAGGGUUAUGAAAAACCAACUACAAUCCAGUGCCAGGCUUUACCAAUUGUACUUUCAGGCAGAGAUAUCAUUGGUAUUGCUAAAACUGGUUCUGGCAAAACUGCAGCUUUUGUACUCCCCAUGAUUGUUCACAUUAUGGAUCAGCCUGAGCUUGAGAAAGAAGAAGGGCCAAUAGGUGUGGUAUGUGCUCCAACAAGAGAAUUGGCACAUCAGAUAUACCUUGAAGCUAAGAAGUUUGCCAAACCUUACAAUCUUCGAGUUGCUGCUGUAUAUGGUGGGGUUUCCAAAUUUGAUCAAUUCAAAGAACUGAAGGCAGGCUGUGAAAUAGUCAUUGCUACCCCAGGGAGAUUAAUAGACUUGCUUAAGAUGAAGGCAUUGAAGAUGUUUAGGGCAACUUAUUUGGUUCUUGAUGAAGCUGAUCGCAUGUUCGAUCUUGGAUUUGAGCCUCAGAUAAGAUCCAUCGUUGGUCAAAUUAGACCAGACCGACAAACCUUGCUUUUCUCAGCAACAAUGCCAUACAAAGUGGAACGUUUGGCUAGAGAAAUUUUGACUGACCCUAUUAGAGUUACAGUAGGUCAGGUUGGCAGUGCUAAUGAAGACAUUAAGCAAGUUGUAAAUGUACUCCCUUCUGAUGCUGAGAAGAUGCCUUGGCUUCUGGAAAAACUUCCUGGGAUGAUUGAUGAUGGAGACGUUCUUGUAUUUGCAGCUAAGAAGGCCAGAGUUGAUGAGAUUGAGAGCCAGUUAAAUCAGAGAGGUUUCAGAAUUGCAGCACUUCAUGGUGACAAGGAUCAAGCUUCUCGCAUGGAGACAUUGCAGAAGUUCAAAUCCGGGGUUUAUCACGUCCUAGUAGCAACUGAUGUUGCUGCACGUGGUCUGGACAUUAAGUCGAUUAAAACAGUUGUUAAUUUCGAUAUUGCAAAAGAAAUGGAUAUGCAUAUUCACCGGAUAGGAAGAACUGGCCGUGCUGGUGAUAAAGAUGGAACUGCAUAUACUCUGAUUACACAGAAGGAGGUGCGCUUUGCAGGUGAAUUGGUUCAUUGUUUGAUUGCUGCAGGACAGGAUGUGCCAAAUGAACUAAUGGAUCUGGCAAUGAAGGAUGGAAGAUUCAGAGCAAACCGGGAUUCAAGAAAAGGUGGGAAGAAAAGUGGCAAAGGAAAAGGUGGAGGAGGCGGGGGUGGCGGCGGUAGCGGUGCCCGUGGUCGUGGGCGUGGUGUACGUGGGGUUGACUUUGGCCUUGGCAUAGGGUACAAUGCUGAAUCAGGAUCGGUGCCUGCUCCAAGAUCUGCUGCAUUAAAUUCAUUGAAGACAGGGAUGAUGCAAAAUUUUAAGAGCAGCUUUGUCUCUGCCUCUUCAUCAAAUACACCAAGCAACAGCGCACCUUCAAGAGGUGCUCCUUCCUCCUUUGUGAGACCGGCACUCCGUGGUUUUGUUUCUGGUGGCACCAUAGGAGGAGACGCAAACCAAGCACGGGCAGUACUGCCUGCGCCCUCCUUUGUCCCUGCUUCCAGACCUGCAGAAAACACUGUUGAAAAUGCGAACCCAAACCCUGAAAGCUCGAGGGAUCGCACGAGGGAGAGAAAGCGGCCGUCGGGGUGGGAUCGCUAGGCCUUGGGGGAACCCAAUGUACCAAAAUUCUCUCCAUUUUUGUUCUUCUGCCCUGAUGAAACAUAUAUUGACUGUAACAUGUAGAUUACAUGAUGUGAAUGAUACAAUUUCCUGGUGAGCUUGCACGCUUGUUGUAUAUCUA